AUGUCCGAUGAAGAAUUAGAUUCGUUUGUUAGACUAGAAAAAGAACUUGCUAAGGAAGUGUCGCUUACUGAUUCUAGCAAUAGUGAUGAUUCUGCCUCGUCUGAUUUUGAAAAUCCUCAAGAAUUUAAGCAAGAAUAUGCCGAAAUAUUAAAAUCAAUUGAUCAAAAAACACGAUUAUUAGAAAAAGCAGCAUCAAAAAUAGCUCGAGAUAAUAAAAAUUUGAAAAUUCAACGAGAAGAGCUCGCAAAAGAAAAAGUAUUAUUCGAAAGUGAAAAAUUACUCACGAACGUUGAUAUUGAUGAGCAGUUUGGCAAGCUUUCAAACAAAUACAAUAGCUUACAAGAAAAAUAUACGAGUUUGCAAAAGAAAUUCAGCACAGAAAAACAAGAAUGGGAAUCAGAAAGGAAAGAACUUUUGAAGAAGAUUGAAGAGCAAAACAGUAUAAUACAAUCACUAAAAGAGCAACAAUUAUCUCCAAUUAAGAAGCAAAACUCUCCAAAAAGAAAUUCACCGCAAAAAAUACCAUCUGUUGUUGAAAUUCAGCUAGAUGAAUCAGAUGACGUAAUAGAAGAAGUACAUCCAGUCGUAUCUACAGAAGUUCCAGCUAAUAAUAGCAAAUCAAAUCACUCAAUAAUUGUCGACCAAGAUUCUUUUGAUUCAUUACCAGAACCAACAGGUGGAAUCAUUAUAAAUAUGUCUCCAGCAUCCACACCAAAGAAAUCCCAGUUUACUCUAAAUCAUGAUGAUUAUCCAUUAAAUUUUCAACCAAGACCAAUAAAUAUUAUCAAAAAAGUCGUCAGAAAAGAUAAAAAGAAGGCUAUUCAGUUCGAUGAUGGAACAAAUGGAAUAUUAUUUACUAACAAUUCGCUGAAAAUUGUGAAAAACGAUUGUAUAUUCAUUUAUUAUCCAAAUGGAGACAUUUCACAACAAUUCCCAGAUGGAACAAUUGGAUAUAAAUAUAAAGAUAAGAAUACAAUUGAGUUAAAUCUCGCAGACGGCUCAGUUUUCUACGAAUUUCCAAAUGGGCAAAAGGAAAAGCAUCUUCCAAAUGGAGAUAAAUAUAUACAGUUCCCAGGUUGUCCAUGCAAGCUUGUAAAACCAAAUGGAGAAUCAAUUAUUAUGUAA